UUCAUAUACAGUAUCUUUUAGUGACUGAGAUUUUAUUUGAGGAUAUUUUGAAGGAAACAGCAAUAAUCUUUUUACAAAAAAAACAAAAACAAAAAACAAAAAAAACAAGAAAAAGAAAUGCCAGCAAUCUAAAGGUUAAAACAUAUUGCCAAAUCAUUCAGUAGCGCAAGGCUCUUUAAUAACAUUUGUACAAAAGUACUUUCAGAAAGUAUGAGAUAGGAAAUGGCUUUUUGCAAGUUCUCCUUCCUUAAAUUAUUAUUCAGCUGCUUAUUAAAAUAAAAUCUAGUUAACUUCUUUUGAGGCUUGCUCAAACAUUUUCUAUAAUAAAAAAAAUCUUGUGAAGGGAUUUCCAUAAGUUGUGCUGCAUUAAUGACUUAGAGCAGCUUCCUUAUCUGUUAUUCCUUCCUCCUAGUAGACCUCAGCUGAUAAAAAUAACCAUAGACACAGUGAAGUCAGUGGCACGCCUGGCUCUCACAGACAAAACUCCAUGUGAUCACAUAUAGGCAGCCUCAGUGAGGCUGAUGCCGUGCAGCAAGCAGUAGGUAAUGAGUCUUUGUGCAGAGUGAAGCUCUUGUCGCUGAACAAUAAAGCAUAUGGUACAAGCAAUAAAACACAGGGCUGGGAAAUUUGAGAAGAUUCCUCUGAACCAGGAAGAACUGUGUCUUCGGUGAUGCUGACACAUAUUAUAAAAUGAUAAUUUAUUUUGGAUCCUAAUGAAUAAAGAGUGCAAGGACUAAGACUACAGCUAUUUGAACAGCUGCUGGAGGACUGCCUGAGCCUUAUGCAAAUGAGACCUGCUUGGAGGCUUUGACUGCAGAAGCGAGAGGAGGGGGGCAGAAGGGAGUUCAAAGGUCACAGGGCUGGUGGAAAGCUGGAUCAGUUGCCUGAAAAAAAUGUACUGGGCUCCUCUGCAGCAGUGUUUUGCAGCAGUUAAAUGAAGUAUGCUUUAUUUCUGAGAGUGAAGAUUUUACAUCGUGUGUGCCGUAGUCGUUUAAAGUGCACGCAGAUUCACUCAAAACUUUGAAGUCUUUUGCAAUAGCUUGAGCCAUACCACUUCCAUACAAAUCUCAGCAGCAUAUACACAGUACAUGUGACAGUGCUGCAGCUAUGAGUGGAAUUUUAAAGAGGAAGUUUGAAGAAGUUGACGGCUCCUCACCCUGCUCCUCUGUGAGGGAAUCAGAUGAUGAAGUUUCCAGCAGUGAAAGUGCUGACAGUGGGGACAGUGUCAAUCCAUCCACUUCUAGUCAUUUUACCCCUUCCUCUAUUCUCAAAAGAGAGAAGCGGCUGAGGACAAAGAAUGUACAUUUUAGUUGUGUCACCGUGUACUACUUCACCAGGAGGCAAGGCUUCACAAGUGUGCCCAGUCAAGGGGGCAGCACCCUGGGGAUGUCCAGCCGCCAUAACAGCGUGCGCCAGUACACCCUUGGAGAGUUUGCAAGGGAGCAGGAAAGGCUCCACCGGGAGAUGUUGAGAGAACACCUCAGGGAGGAAAAGCUGAACUCCUUAAAACUAAAGAUGACUAAGAAUGGCACAGUGGAAUCAGAAGAAGCCAGCACUCUUACACUGGAUGAUAUUUCUGAUGAUGACAUUGACCUAGACAACACAGAGGUAGAUGAGUACUUCUUCCUACAACCUUUGCCAACAAAAAAACGAAGAGCUCUGCUGCGUGCCUCUGGAGUGAAAAAGAUCGACGUGGAAGAAAAGCAUGAGCUGCGAGCCAUCCGCCUCUCACGAGAGGACUGUGGCUGUGACUGCCGAGUGUUCUGUGAUCCAGACACGUGCACCUGCAGCCUGGCUGGCAUUAAGUGCCAGGUGGAUCGUAUGUCUUUCCCAUGUGGCUGCACUAAAGAAGGAUGUAGUAACACAGCAGGUAGAAUUGAAUUUAAUCCUAUCCGUGUUCGGACUCACUUUUUGCACACAAUAAUGAAACUUGAACUGGAAAAAAACCGAGAGCAGCAAAUCCCCACACUGAAUGGCUGCCACAGUGAGAUAAGUGCUCAUAGUAGUUCCAUGGGCCCUGUCGCUCACUCCGUAGAAUAUUCGAUUGCAGACAGUUUUGAGAUUGAAACUGAACCCCAGGCUGCAGUGCUGCACCUGCAGUCGGCUGAAGAAUUAGAUUGCCAAGGAGAAGAGGAGGAAGAAGAGGAGGAUGGGAGCAGCUUUUGCAGCGGAGUCACAGAUUCUAGCACACAAAGCUUGGCACCUAGUGAGUCAGAUGAGGAGGAGGAGGAAGAAGAAGAGGAAGAGGAGGAGGAGGAUGACGAUGAUGACAAAGGAGACAGCUUUGUGGAAGGUUUGGGCACCCAUGCGGAAGUUGUUCCUCUUCCUUCAGUUCUUUGUUAUUCUGAUGGCACCGCCGUUCAUGAAAGCCAUGCAAAGAAUGCUUCUUUUUAUGCCAACUCUUCAACUCUGUAUUACCAAAUAGAUAGCCACAUUCCAGGAACUCCAAAUCAGAUCUCUGAGAACUAUUCUGAAAGAGACACUGUCAAAAAUGGUACCCUUUCGCUGGUGCCUUACACCAUGACCCCGGAGCAAUUUGUGGACUACGCCCGACAAGCAGAAGAGGCCUAUGGUGCCUCCCACUACCCAGCUGCCAACCCCUCUGUAAUCGUUUGCUGCUCCUCUUCCGAAAAUGAUAACAGUGUGCCCUGCAAUAGUUUAUAUCCUGAACACAGGUCCAGUCACCCUCAAGUGGAAUUUCACUCAUACUUGAAAGGCCCCUCCCAGGAAGGGUUUGUCUCUACAUUGAAUGGUGACAGUCACAUUUCAGAGCAUCCUGCUGAAACUUCUUUGAGCCUUGCAGAAAAGAGCAUAUUGCACGAAGAGUGCAUCAAGUCACCCGUGGUUGAGACAGUCCCUGUUUAGUAGCUUAAAUUAUUCUAGGACCAACUCUUCUCCUAUUUAAGGCACUGUAUUUAAUUGGAUUUCCUGGGCUCAUCAUUGUUUAAACUGAAGACCAAGAAAACUUGGACGGUGUUUAAUCUUCCAGACUGUAUUUUGUUUUUUCCUUUCUAGCCACGUGACUGUGGCAUUGCACAAAUACAGUCUCUGUAGGGAUUUUAAAAGAUUUCAGACUGUUUUGAUAGAAAAUGCUAAAUUUUAAAAAUGCAUAUCUCACAGUUGCCUACCUGUCAAACUGUGUGAAACCUGCCAAGCUGUGUAGAUCAGAGCUCCAAAUUUUGGAUUAUCGGGCCUGUGCAAGUUUGUUAACUAAGGCUGGGAAAUAAUAAGAUUUAGAGUCCUAAUUUUCGAUAUAUCUGAAGAUAAUGGUGACUUUUUAUUGUAAAAGUAAUUAUUGUAAGAAAAAGAUAUAAUUGUUCAAUGUGUAUUUUAUUUAUGGUAGUUUAGAAGUCACGUUUUGAUGAAAAUGAACAGCCGCAUGUUCAUUCCAGCUGAAGAUACAUAGCUCGUUCCACAGAGCAUGCCCACAUGGAUUGCAUCUGGAACCCAUUCACAUUUUUAUGAUCAUGACUGAUCAGAUUUGCAAAAUUCUGAAGGGUGAAAUAGGCCUAUUUUUGCUAUUUUGGGCAAAUAAAUGAUUCUAUAUGUGCAGGUCCUUAACACAGUUUUCUCUAAAGUUAAGAGUUAGGACAAUCCUCUGGGGAGAGGCUAGUUCACUGCCCUCCCUCAGCUGACUCCAGAGAUGGAGGUAGAAGGAAUUGCCUUUCUUUUUUAAACAGCAUCAUCUUGGUUCUUAGCUUGGACAGCACCUUUAAGCUCUACCCCCUGCAUCAAAAUGCACUUUAGUGCCCCUUCACGGUACCUCGUGUGGGGUGGGGACUGAGAACUUUUUGAGAUGAAAAAAUUAAAAAAAAAUUUUUUUUAAAGAUCUUAACUAUAAGAUUCAUAUAGUUAAUAUAGAGGAAUCAUCCAAUGAUACUUAUGAAGGGAAAAUGACCUAUUUUCCUUCGCCACUCUGAGGACCUAACUCAGUAAAUGCAGAGGAGGCUGAGGAAACAUGGAAGAGACACGACCUCAGCAACCAGCCUUUUCUCCAGCGUGGUCAAUUCAUCUCUACAAAAUCAGUGUAUAAUGAGAUUUCCACUUAGUGACUAGCUGAUUGAAGGGGAGGGCCUCUACCCAAAUACUCAACUAGGCCUUUCUUUUCUGAAGCAUUUCAAUUUGUCUUGCCUGGGACAACUAGCAGAACAGUCCAGAAUUCAUUGCAUACUUUCUAAUUACCUCACAUUCUCUUAUUAAAGAGAACAGAUAGAAAUAAAACAUGCACUCCCCACCUUUAGAUAACCUGCACUUGGUUCGUCGGAGGACUUCUAGGAUCCCGUUUUCCUGUAAAUUAAUUUAGGUAACUAAAUAGUGUAUUCUACCUUUUUUUUUCCCAAUGCAAUAUGACUAUGCUAAACCUGUUUCACAUUUUUGACCUUCUAUUGUUAUAUCACUUCACAUGUUUUAUAACUAUUUGAAAUGCGGAACAUGCCUUGCUAUUCAGUGACUGCAUCGCUACUUAUUUUUUAUGUCUUUUAGACUUGGGUGUUUAGAAUUAUGGAUAUAAAUAUAUUGUAGAUCUCAAUUUCUUAAAAUAAUAUUUUAUUUAAUUGAAUUUAAAAAUGGUUGAUCUAGAGAAAGUCCUCCAAUGGAAAAGUUUCUACUAAAAUUUGUUUUGGGGAAAAAAAUGUUUACUUGGCAGCUCUUCCACUGUGCAGUUGAUUUCUGCUCCGUCUCUCCUCUUCCCCUCCAUUGGGCCAAAUUUAUAACCAUUAAUAUUAACAUUAAAAGAGCUUUGGGUUUGUCUUUAUGUAGGUUGCAGUAAUGAGGUCAGGGUUGUUCCUUUUGAAUGGUUGGCCCUUUGAGCUAAUCAGAUUGGGGAUUUGUUGAAAUCUCAAAUAUAUAUAUAUAUAUAUAUAUAUAUAUAUCCCAUGUUGUCUGCAAAGUGACAGUUUUUAGUGCUUAAUCUCCAAAUUUUCCCCCUACUGAUACAAUCUAAAGAGCACAGGCUCAAAGAGAAAAUGACAAGAGGCUAUUGUUCCUUCAUUCAAGCACAUGAAAGGAUCAUGUGUACUGUAUUUGCUGGAUCAUUACAAGCUCUUGAAGGAUCUGCUUGUGAAGUACUCUGAGGUUAUUCUUGGAACACAGAGUGUGGGAGAGUGGGGAAGAGCCAGCUCCAGCCUGAGCAAAGCUGAAGGGUAGAAUGACAGUCCAGUUUCUGAAAAGAGAGAUAUUUUAAUUUCAGUUCAGCUUUAUUUUCCUAAGAUGAUAUAAAGCCUAUUUUUUUUUGUAAUUUUUGGCUAGAUCUUUGUUUUCUACCUUUGUUUUCAAAAGGUUGCUUAAGAAAACAGUUUUUUCCCCCAUCCAUUCACUGCCCUACUGAGAAGACUUAACCUUCCAAUCAUGACCAGCUUCCAUUCCAACUUUUCAUACACCUGACUAACUUGUACACAUCUCCCACAAAUCACAUACACGAGAUACCUACUAAAACUUUCCCAUAAACCUAACACAUACACAGGCAUACACAUAUAAAAUACACUCAUAUCACACGCUUAGAGAAUGACAGAUUUCAGGCAAUGGCCAGUAGUAAGUAUUGAGUUUCUCUGACCUCAGAAUCUGGUUGGGCUUUAUGAUCUAAAAACUGUGGUUUAGAAAAGAGGAUAAUUGGUAAAGCUAUAAUUUCAAAAUACCAGGUCAAAGUUGCAAACACACUAAUGAUGGAAUCAUUUCAUUAUUAGUUUCUUUCCCAGAAAAGCUGAGAGAGCACACUGUUCCAUCUGACUUUUUUUUUUUUCCAUUAAUAGCCCUUCUAUUCAGCAAAGAACUGCCCACAUGCCAGGAAAGUGCUACAGUCCUUCUAAGCAUUUAAAAAUGGGGAUCAAGCUAGAUGCAGCCAGUUGGAAUACUUAAGAUCUUUAUGCCAAGACACAAUAACCUGACCUGCAGCUGUUGUAUUGACCCCAUAGUAUAUCUAGCCAAACUGUAGUCUUUUGGACACACAACUUUUUGGUCAUUCACUAUAACUUGCAAAGCUUCAUGCUCCAGUCCUGGCUGUUCUAGUACCAGUCCUAUACCUUUAAAUGGGGCUUAAUUCCCAGCUAUAAUCCUGGCCAGAUUGAUUUCAAAGUCAAGUGGUUGAAGCAGCUUGCAUCUCCUUUGUCAUUCCCAAUUUCCUUUGGGAGAAAGAAGUCAAUGAAAGAGAUUUACUUAAAUUUUCCCCCUUAUCUCUUGAUCAUUAAUUAUUAAGACAUGGGUAAAAUUCAUUUAUCUCAUGUCUUUUGGUUGAUUGAAUAAUAUAGUUACUUUUUGAAGGCCCAUAAUUUCUUUGUGAUAAAACCAUUUUUCCCAAUGUGACAGUCAUAUAUAAAAUGUGAAACUAAUGUUUCUUAGAAUGAUUAAAAUCUUCACAAUUAUAUAUGGCCCUGCAAUACUCCCUUAGUCCCUCCCCCCACACACAAAGAAACUAUGAGUUGCAAAAACACUAAUUACAAAUUAAGAAGCAAAGAGAUUAUGUUAAGUGGCUAUGUUCUUUAAAUUUUUACAAUGUAAUAGAUGACUUCUAGGCAAAAUUUUGGUAUGAUUACCAUUAAACAGGAAAACAUGCCAUGCUUUACUUUCUAUAAGUUGCUAAUCACUGUUUCUUUGAUUUCAAUGUUUGAUAUUGUUGCAGAAGUUUAUAAAUCUUUGGUCUUUAUAUUUAAAAUUUAUUAACUAUCAAUUCUUCCUUCUAACAAAUAUGUACUGAACACCUGCUGUGUUAGAACAAUUGUCUUGGGUAGUAAAAAGAGGGGAACACUACAAAUUCUAAGGGAUAAUAUUAAUGAAGGGUGGCAUGAAAUAAUCAAGCCUUCUCAAAUCCUCUUAAUAUGUGAUUUUAUCAAGGGAUAUUAGAAAAACUGACAUCAGUUCUUGUCUAAUUAUAUGUGCGCUGAAACUAAAAGAUACUUCUUUUUCCCAAAUUAAUGGAACUCACUGGAUCUUCCUUCAUCUCUCUCCCUCCACCUGAAAUUUAUGAAUUAAAUCUGGACUCAGCUAGUACUGAAUCAAAUGAAAAAGAAAUUUUUGAUUAAUUGCUUUUUCAAUGUUAGAACUAUAUAAGUGAUGCUAAAUUUAUACCAGCAGACUCCUAUCAGACAUUUUCAAGGAGGGUUUGACUCAUGCAUAACCCAGGAAACAUUUCAGGACACUUUUAAGACAACAGUGUGGAAAAUAAUCACUCUUACUUCUAUUUAUAAAAAGCCUAUCAGAAUAGCAAAAUUCUGUUCCAAGUUCCAAAGACAUCACCUUGCAGCAGGUGGAAAACAGAGAGGUCGUUACACUCUGUCACUUUCAGCUGGAGUUACAAACCAUCAAAUUAAUAAGUGGAAAAUUUAUAUUCUCAGAAGCCAACAGGAGACUGCCUUUUUAGAAGGUGUUGAGAAGCCUUCUCUUUCUCAAAAAUGUAACUUAAUAUUUCUUUUUAAAAUGGCAUCUGCUCCUUAUUCUCUUGAAGACAGUUUGCAGUGCCAGUAUAGCCAGCAUAUUAAACACCAAGAUUAAAUGGUAAGCACCUUUGUGCUUUCAAAGACAAGACUUGUCUGUAAUUUUAAUUGGAACUGUUGGUUGUAUUCUUACCACAACCAAACCCAAAGUUUAAAGCCUGAUCACUCUUAUGUCUAAUAUGAAUUUGCAACUUCUGAUUGCAUUACUUUUUCUGAAAUCUGCUAACUAGUGCUGGAAUAACAAAAAUGCCUAAGCCAAAAUGCCAUAGCUUUGCACCAAUAGCACAGAUGUUUUCUGCAGUAUUAAGGAAUUUAGGUGACUUAAUUGAAUAUCAGCAAUUUAAAUACCCACCAGAAUUAUGGAAGUAUCAGAGUGGAAGUGAGGAUGGAAUAAUGCUUAAUAAGUGGUGAUGUCUAUUAGGAAUUAUAAAAAAUGUUCAAUAGAGCUAAGCUAGAUUUUAUUAUGCUGUAAAGACUAGAGUUACAAAUGGCAGACCUAAACCUAGAAGGAGCAGUUACAAUGUAGACACCUUUUCAGCCCAGUUGGUGCUCACAUCUGCUGACCAACAUUCAUAUCGAUUACAUUUUUACUGUCUAUAAGUCAUUUGAUGCUUUAGAAUAAUAAAAACACACACCUACAGCAUUCGAAAUGAACUAUUUUGUUAAAAAAAAAACACAUUUUAUGUUAAAAUAACUGAUCGAUGACUUUCAUGAUUGUAAAAAGUAAAAAGUACAGACAUUUAAAAAAGCUCUUCUUUAACAUUUUACCUACUAAAUCUAGAUAUUCAAUGUGACUCCUUAAAACAGUCACUUCUAAAUUUUACUUCAACUCCUUUCUUGUUUUUUUCAAACUAGAUCAUGAAACCUUCUUCCUAAACAAUGUAGGGUUUUUUUUUUUAUUAUUAUUUUUUUGCCAGAAAUUCAAGCUCAAACAUUCGAUAUGACCUGUGUUUUACCUGGUGAUCAGUUCUGGGACUAGUCUAAGUCUGUACUGUCUUGGCAUACCUCAGGUUUCCUAUCCUGAGAGUGGUAAUGCCAAUAGAAUGAUGGGAAGCAGGAGAGUGAAUCUGACUGGAUUCAAUGCCAAAACCAAUAUGUUUCAGUUCACUUUUCUAUGUAGAUUUUAAAAUAUUACAUCUAGCCUAGAAUUUUAGUAUAUACACAUACUUGUUGUAUCUGUGAGUAAUGAGGUCAUUUCCAAGAUAUAAGUCACACUGGUGACUACGUUCUUUUACUUGUGAUAAAUAUAUCACUAUACAGGAUAAUUGCUUUUAUAAAUUUGAUCCUUUGCUUUGGCUUAUAAUUCAAGAAAUGUCAACUUCACUGUGUCAUCUUAUAUCAUCCCUCAUAAAAGUUUCUGGCAGGACUAAAGUUUCAAAGGAAUAUGAUAGAAUUUAUUUUAGACAAUAUUUGUAUUCAGCAUGCUAACAAUGUAAUUCCUUUCUUUGCAUUACUCAUUACCAUGGCGAUAGUUAAAUUCAUUCAUUCAUUAACUCAUUUUAGUGAAAUCUGAGGCCAUUUAAACAUUUUUAAGAUAAUGUAUAUUGAUUAGAAAGAGUUAGGAGAGAAAUUUAUGGUAGAAAUUAGCCUUGCCAUUGUCUAAGUUAAUUUAUGUGACCUGAUUGAACAGUUUUAGUUGUAACUUUGGAAUAGCUUCUUUGUUGAGUAUCUCUUUCUUUCUCUUUCAGUUUUCUACCAAUAUUUUUAUCUGUCUUGGAAUUAUCUUAAAAUGUAUUUAUUAAUGAGUAUCUAGAAGCAGGUUGACUUAGAAGAUGUCUCUUUCAAAUUUAUCUAGGUACUUGUGAUAUAUAUAAAUGUUAACUUCACUGUGAUACAAGGGUCACAAUGUCACAAAGCGAUACAAAUAUCAACUUCACUUGUGAUACAAGUACCUAGAUAAAUUUGGCAGCAGGCAUCAAGUCCUACUGCCACACUGGAUAAGACCACUAUCCACCACCCUCCUUGUCAGGGUCAUGGCUUCCUAAUAAUGGUUUUGCUGUGGUAUCUAUAUAGGGUACCUAUGGAAAAGGAGUUUGAAAUUUCUACCUUUGUCGUACAUUGUAUACAAUUUUCUUUUGCUCCUCCUUUUUAUGUGGUCACCAAAAAAAGCUUUUUUCCUUAGCCAUUAAGCUGCCCCUCUUUAAAACAAAUUUAAAGAUCUAUAUAUAUUUUAACAACUUUAUUUAAUAUAAAAGAGAAGAAAAAAUAAAAUCCAAAUCUGAAUUACCCUAAAGUGGAAAAACCGAAAUAUCUAACCUAGGAACUUGCUGCCUGGUUUAGUGUUGAUCCUUGAGUUAUUUAAUGGUAUCCAAAUGAUAUCUGAAGAUGACUGAUUUUAAGAUGUAAUAGUUGGCAAAGCUAUUUCAUUUAUAUCUCAGUAAAAUAGAACCCACUGCCGUGGAUUACCACCUGAAUCCUGAUUCAUUAAGCACUAGUCAUGCCAAAUGGGGAUCUCAGAAUAGUUUAAUUGUUUCAAAGAUACUCACAAUGGCCAACUGUGUGUGAAUAAUGGAAAGUUUCAGAUUCUUCUGUAUUCUUCAAAUGUUACAGUCCUGAGACUAGAAGGGAUCUCCAGAGGUCAUAUGGCUCAUCGAUCUACCACCAGGGAGGACUGUCACUCAGGCAUGCCCAACAGGAUAGAUGGCCAUCUAUUCUUAACAUCUCUAGGGAAGGCACUUUCCUUGGCAACACAAUUCAGCUCUCUUAGGUUUUCUCACAAUAAGAAAAUAUCUUGGCCAGUCUUUGAGGGCUAGGCACCUGGCAACAGUUGUGGUGAUUUGGGCCAUUGUACUAGGGGACUCAAGGGAAGCUGGGUUUCCCUCUACAUUUGAUAAUUAUUACUUCACUAAGUGAUCAUUUCAUACGUCUCCCAAUAAAUCAGAUUUUUAGAGAAAGACAUGGAUACAGAGACAAUGCUCAGUAACAUAACCAGCUUUUGACAAAUAUGGCCUUACUGGGUUUUCAUUUUUGUUGCUGUUGUUUGUUUUUGUGAUUGCUCUUAUGUCAGUAGGUAAUGUCAGGAAAAGUGACUGACUGUUUCAGAUCCCCAGUGACAAACAUCAGAACUAGGAUCAAGUGACUUGACUUUUAACCUGUUAUAUUUUCUGAGAAGUUACAAUUACAAAAAGUAAGCAUUUUCUACAUUCUUACUUUUAAGUAUGUACCUUCUCAUUAAUCUUUCCUUGGCCUAAAAUGACAAAUAAGAAUCCAAAGUUUUCCACUCCUCCUGGGGGAGAUAGGAGUAGUUGUGAAGAGUCUGUUGGAAUAAAAUAUCUCCAGAGAUUUACCCAGCCACCAUUUGAUCCCAGCCUUUGUCCCUGUGUUAUUUAAACAAUGGCUGCUUGCUUUCUCAGGGAUCAGGAAAAUGAUUUAAAAAUUUGUCUUCUUGACAAGGCCUGAAAAUGAAGGGAAGAGUCCUGGAGAAUGGUGAUUUUUCUGGUUACAUCACUUGACUCAAGCGCUCCCUGCAGCUUUCAGAACCUUUUCUGUUUGCUCAGAGUUGAUACCCAACUCAGAACUCUCCAGAAGAUGAGGAGCACCCCUGAAAUCAAUGUUUUGUUUCUCCAUGGGAUAUUUUUCAGUCUUGGUACAGCUGCAUAUCUCCCCAUCUCGGACGCUCUUGUGAAACGACAGCCACUUCAGUGUGGUUACUCCCCGCAGAUAACAUUAGGGGAAAAUGAUCCUUUUUAUUAAAAAAAAAAAAAAGGUAAACCCUAUCGAAUGAUCAUGUAAAGAAUGUUGAAUAAAAUUUGGCCCAUGUUUUAAUUGACUCUAGGCACCUCUAUGGGAAUAAGUCUGAGGCAUAGUUUGUGAAACAUGUUUCAAAAGUGUUUGAUGUAUAAUAAAUGCUAGACAUUUACAGUACAGAAAUAGUUUAAAAAAAAAGUAAACUUGUAGAUUACAGCUCUGUUCCUAAGAACCUCAGCCUUUAUUGUGUCUUAGUAAAGUUAAUCUGCUUUAUUUUUAGUUUAUUGAAUUUCUGGUGUAAUAGCCUCUUAAGAUAGAACUAUUAAUACAUAUGUACUGGUUAAUGCCUGUUUAUGCAGAAAAUGGCACUUUGUUCUUUCAGUGUGUUUCCUUCCGUGUCACAGGGUAUAUCAAUUUGAUAGAUCAUUUGACAUUUGUCAAAAAUACAUUUUUCCCAUUUACAGAAUAUGUACAAUUGGUUGCAUAGACAUAUGUCACUUUUUGCAGUGUCUAUCUUGAUCAUAGUUUUUUAGACAUCAACUGUGUCUCACUUUCCAACUGCCAUAGAAAUUUGGUACAUUUGCAAAUUCUGGUGGAAUCUAGUGAGCUGAAUGUACUGGUAGAUCAAAUGAUCCAAAGGACUUGGGUGUUAUCUUUCAGUCUGUGUUGAACCAUUCAGACAUUGGGAAUGGUCCUUACACAAGGGAAGUCUUUUGAGAAUGUCUGUUUUACUUUUUAUUUGUUUGUUGCUGGAAAAAAAAAAAAGGCAACUUUAAAAACUCAGAAAAGCCACUGAACUGUAUUUUCUGAUGUUACAAUUAGUUUUAUCUUUCAACUGAUUCUUAUUGUUACUUUUACUCAGUAUCAACAGUACUUCAAUAGAUGUUUAUUAGAUAUGUUAAAUCUAAUGAAUUAAAAAGGUCAAAAGGGAAGAAAAUCAACUCCAAUCCACACAUACAGUCAUGUUACACUAAGAUGUCAUGUUGUAUGUCGCACAGUUUCUAGACUGAUUUCUCUUGUGUAUAAGUUAUAACAUCAAAAAUGCCAAAGGGUAUAUAAAAUAAGCUACAGUAAUAUUCAACAGAACUUAUCCUGGACCUUAUGUUGUAAUAAUUUAUUCAUAUUAGCUGUAGUCUUCUGUAUUUAUAUUUUCAGUAUUUAUUAUGAAUGACAUGGAAAUUUGUGUAUUUAUUGUGGCUUUUUAUUGCAGUGUGUAUAUAUAUAUAACAAAUAAGCAUUUUUAAGUCUUAUCCUUAAGUUUCUUUUAUUAGUGGCACUUGUAUUAUGCUGUACUUUUUAUUAUAUAUUGUACAAUAUCUUGUCAUUUGUUUGCAGCAGAGUAAAACCGGUUUCUAAGUUGUA